CGAAGAGCCGUCACCAUAGAAACGCUCUGUCACGGACUAGGGCUGACCAUAGAUAUGCCUGACGGUAUAAGAUACAGAGGGACUCAGUGUAUUAAAUGCAGGAGAAACAGAAAUAACGAUUUAUUACUAUAUUGAUAGGAUGUGACAUUGCAGAAUGUCUCCUGAGGUCACCCUAAACCGUAUAGCCCCUGCGCUCUCCCCAUUCAUAUCCAGUGUGGUCAGAAAUGGAAAAGUCGGCCUGGACUCCACGAGCUGUCUGCGGAUCACUGACCUGAAGUCUGGCUGCACCUCCCUGACCCCCGGACCCAGCUGUGACCGCUUCAAACUCCACAUCCCGUACGCCGGGGAGACCCUGAAAUGGGAUAUCAUGUUCAACGCGCAAUACCCAGAAUUACCUCCAGAUUUCAUCUUCGGGGAAGAUGCCGAAUUUCUGCCUGAACCUUCUGCUCUCCCGAGUCUGGCGGAGUGGGACCCCUCGGACCCGGAGUGCCUCCUACAGGUAGUUAAGGAGCUGGUCCAGCAGUAUCACCAGUACCAGUGUAGCCGCCUGAACGAGAGCUCGCGUCUCAUGUUCGAGUAUCAGACUCUGCUGGAGGAGCCGCAGUACGGGGAGAACAUGGAGAUCUACGCCGGGAAGAAGAACAAUUGGACCGGAGAGUUUUCUGCUCGGUUCCUUUUGAAGCUUCCAGUGGAUUUCAGUAACAUCCCCAUCUACCUGCUGAAGGAUGCCAAUGAGGAUCCAGGAGAGGAUGUGGCGUUACUGUCCGUCAGCUUUGAAGACGCAGAAGCUACACAGGUGUUCCCCAAACUCUACCUGUCCCCCCGAGUAGAGCACGCUCUCGGGGGUUCCUCCGCUCUUCACAUCCCAGCUUUCCCAAGCGGCGGCUGUCUGAUAGAUUACGUGCCUCAGGUCUGUCAGCUACUGACCAAUAAGGUGCAGUAUGUCAUUCAGGGGUACCACAAAAGAAGGGAAUACAUUGCGGCUUUUCUCAGCCAUUUUGGAACAGGAGUGGUGGAAUAUGACGCCGAGGGGUUCACAAAGCUCACCCUGCUGCUGACAUGGAAGGACUUCUGUUUUCUGGUUCACAUUGACCUGCCUUUGUAUUUCCCCCGAGAUCAGCCCAUGUUGACCUUCCAGUCCGUCUACCACUUCACCAACAGCGGGCAGCUCUACUCACAGGCCCAGAAGAACUACCCCUACAGCCCUCGCUGGGACGGCAACGAAAUGGCAAAGAGAGCAAAGGCCCAUUUCAGAAGUUUCGUGCCUCAGUUUCAAGAAGCCGCAUUUGCUAACGGGAAGUUGUAACCAAUGAGACGUCUGGAACCAAACUGCUCUGGGGGUCUUCAGCACCGUUCUGGGGGUCUUCAGCACAAACUUACAAAACUGUUUUUUUUUUUUCCAGCUGUAUAUUUUUGUUGUACUGUAAUAUGGUUCCGAUCAACACCUCUGUACUGCCUAAUCCUUCCUGAGACUGCUUACACCCUUGGACGUUUACCACUAUGGUCUAAGCCAGUCUAAAACAGUGUGUCUCCAGCUGUUGCAAAACUACAACUCCCAGCAUGCCCGGACAGCCAACGGCUUUCCGGGCAUGCUGGAAGUUGUAGUUUUGCAACGGCUGGAGGCACACUGGUUGCGAAACGCUGCUCUGAGCAUUGCUGUUUGUCUUCCAUCCGCUGCCCACACCAUGAUAUCUGCUGACUAAAACUCUGGGAGUUGGAAUUUAGCAACAGCUGGAGGCACCCUGCUUGGAAAACACUGAUACAGAUAUAUAGCAAUCUGCACCCCCGUUUUUUGUUACAAGCUCCAAAUCCCCAGCAGAGACAUAAAAAAAUAAGUUUUACUACCUGCCGCCACCACUAGGGGAGCUCAAGAACAACACAGCUUGCACUAAAGUUUCUCAGCUCCCCUAGUGGUUACCGAAGGCAGUGCAAUUUUUUUUAUGUUAAAUCAAGCAUCUGACAGGGGUCAGGGGCCCCACAUAUUAGGUAUAAGUUACAACCAUUUGAGUCUAUCAUUCUUAAUAAAAAUUAAAUUGUC